UUUUCUUCGACAACGAGGAGAUGCUUAUAAAUCAAAACGCUGCACAACAAAGAUCGGAAAUAAUUUAUAAAGUAAAAAUAAAAACCUUCUCCCUCCCUCGUUUGGCUGGUAAACUUCAUCUCCUCUUUCAUCAACAAAAGCCAAAAGGUGAAUAAUUUCCAUCUUCCUUGUUUUGAAAAGAUUUUUAACCCCCCUCCGAUGCUGUAAAUGGCGGCACAGUCGCCGAUCAAAGACCCAAUCGGAGCAUCCACUGAAACCCUAACCCAACAACCUGAUUCCUCUUCCUCCAUCAUUCCAACCGUCAAGUCUGAGAUUCCGGUCGCCGCCUCCGCUUCCCCUUCAGUUGGGGUUGUUCCCCGUGCUUCUGAACCGGAGACCAUCAACAUCCCCAGCUAUUCCAGGUGGUUUUCGUGGAACAAUGUCCACGAAUGCGAGGUUCGGUUCCUUCCUGAGUUCUUCGACGCUCGGUCCCCGUCCAAGAACCCUAGGGUUUACAAGUAUUACCGUAAUUCGAUAAUCCUGUCCUUCAGACAAAACCCUUCGAGGAAGCUCACGUUUACGGAUGUUCGGAAAAUUCUUGUUGGAGAUGUGGGAUCCAUUCGCAGGGUUUUUGAUUUUCUGGAGGCUUGGGGUUUGAUUAAUUACUCCGGUUCUGCCUUGAAACAGCCGUUGAAAUGGGAAGAGAAGGAUAAUAAGUCCGGUGGGGCGUCUUCGCAUACCGGGGAUGCUGGAGGAGGUGCUGUUGAAUCUAUUCCUAAGAGGAGAUGGUGCAGCGGCUGCAAAUCCCUCUGCAGCAUUGCUUGUUUUGCCUGUGAUAAGUUUGACUUGACUCUCUGUGCACGGUGCUAUGUUCGUGGCAAUUAUCGGGUUGGGGUCAAUUCUUCAGAUUUUAGGCGAGUUGAAAUCAGUGAAGACACAAAAGCAGGUUGGACUGACAAAGAAACUUUGCACCUUUUAGAAGCUGUCUUGCAUUAUGGUGAUGACUGGAAGAAGGUUGCGGAGCAUGUUGGUGGUAGAAAUGAGAAAGAAUGUGUUACUCAUUUUAUCAAGCUUUCUUUUGGGGAGCAAUAUCUUGGACAUACAAGCUCUGGGGAUGUUGAUAACAAGUUUUCUCAAGCGAAGGACCAGAGUGAUGCUGGAUUUGGACAGGAAAAUAUUGGCACUUCUUCCGCAAGUAAAAAAAUGCGACUCACACCACUUUCUGAUGCAAGCAACCCAAUUAUGGCUCAGGCUGCAUUCUUGUCGGCUUUGGUGGGUGUAGAGGUUGCAGAAGCUGCUGCUCAAGCAGCUGUUGCAUCUUUGUCAGAUGUGGAUCCUAGAAAAAUGAAAGAGGGUCUUGGAUCUUUUGCUAAUGGUGCAAGAAUACAAGACCCUAAUGUGGAAUCCAAUGGCGACACCACCUCAAAUGCGUUGGAAGGAGCUUAUAUAGAUGCAAAGUCACUGCUCGAGAGGGAAGAGCUGGAUGUGGAGAGAGCAAUUUCUGGCAUUACUGAAGUGCAGAUGAAGGAGAUUCGGGAUAAGAUUGUUCAUUUUGAGGAGUUUGAAUUGCAUAUGGAGAAAGAGUGGCAACAGCUCCAACAAAUGAAGAGCCUACUCUUUGUUGAUCAGCUCACCCUUCUGUUUCAAAAAGCUGCUGCACCAAAAACUGGAGAAUUGAUGGGGGGCGAGAAUGUUAGAACAGAUUGAUCUUUUUUUCCUGGAUAUCCCAGAAAGAUAUUCAUGUAAGGAAUUAGUAUUUUUUUUUUUUUUGGCCAAAAGACUCAUAAAUCAAUUCUGCAAAUGAAUGUGAAGCAACUGCAAAGGUGUGGAAAAUUUUUUCAA